AAUCGUCCAGUCUCUCUGAGCCAACUUAGUCUGUUCCUGGCUUCCUUGCUAUGUUUUUCAAAGAGUUGUAAUUUUUUUUCCUCCUGUUUGAAAAUCUUGUGUGUCAAUGAGAAUUCUUGAAUUUGUGUUGAAUUCCAAAUUCCAUCAAGUCGUAAGCUUGGAUAAAAACCUACGUACCCGCAAAGGCAGUCGCAGAGGAAACUCCGGAAACCGUCUUGAACUCCAAGUUCUUACCCUUAUACACCACGUUCCGUAGCUUUUUUGUGCUUUAAAAACCCAAAUCAUCGUCAUCAUGGUUCAAAGCGCUGUUUGCGAUCCCAUCUCCAGCAAAGUAGCUGAGGCCUCUUGGGGCCAGUCAUCCAAGUUUUACGAGAAAGUUUUUACAGAAAAUCAUCAUUCGAAAGCUUUUCGAAAAAGGACAACGGGCAUAAGACCGACAAGAAGGAUAAUCAGUACGGCGCCUGGGGAUCGGUCUUCAAAAACAAGGAUCAUUUCGCAAGCUUACAUCAUUGCUAAGAACUACUAACGUUUAUGUAAUCAAUUUAUUCACAUAUUUAGAUUAGAUACAUAUUUAAUGGAUUUUCUUGUUGAAUAAAAUUAUGUGGUGAA